AUGCAAGAUGAACGUAGUUUAUCACGAGUACAAGCAGCUUGCAUGGCUGGUGUAGGUCAUGGUCCGAAUGGUAUCGAUGAACUACGAGCGCUUUCAUCCAAUAACAGUACCAAUAACGCCGAUCGUUGGUAUACUGUAGAGCAAUUCGAAAGAGAACAUGUCAUUGAAAUAUUGGAAAAGCUUGAAAAAGGUGAUUUGAACGAUGACUUAUGGGGUAAGAUUAUUUUGAUGGAAAAAUGUAAAUGUCUUGCAAAGUUUAGGCGGACGACAGUGAUAAUUGAUGGUAGCAAUGAUGAGUACGACGGUAUCACACUUGGCUUUAACCAUUUUGAAAAUUUUGAUCAUGAUAAGGAUAACAAUGAUAUCAGGCAUAAAAUUGGCGAUGGUGUAAUUAUAAAAAUAGAUGGAAAUGGGAAUAUCAAAGCUAUGGCGCGGGAUUUAGCUCCAGUGAUUGUCCAAGGAUGGAAUGAUCCCACAUCGAAAUGUAUUCCCGAACAAUUGGUUGUUCGGAAAGGUCGCCUGAAA